AUGAGUCUGCCGUCAUCUUCAGCAUGCGUUAUACGAGUCGACGAUGAAACCCGCUUGAUGAAGUACUAUGAAAAGGCAUUUGACUCAUUUCAACAAUUGAACUGUAGGGUCAUUGCCAAGGCUUUUAUCAAGCUUGUCGAGCCGCGGAAACAGGUCAACUAUCCUUACAAUGGGCGACGAGCGUCUUCCAGCCCUGGAGGUGAGAGGCGCGCUGAUCCGGAAAUGACCAAACCGCCUUGGUGGCCUGCCGGUGUUACACAUAAAGAGCCAGACCAUCUCCUCAAACCAGAGCGCAUUCAACUUCUCAUUCACAUUCUUCGAGAGCUCGGCGAAAGCCAUGAUGUCACAGCAGAGAAACUUCGCGAUGCAGGUCAAGAUGUGCGUCGGUCUAUUAGCCCUCCUGAGAGGCUUCAGAUUCUCGAUGAGGUAUACAGUGUCCGACAUAUGGAAGAGCGGUACCUAAGGGGCGAAAUAUCCGGCGAUGUAUUGAUCCCGAUUUCUCAAGUCAGUCUAGUUGGACCUGAGUUUGAGUCAAGCGACGGCUCCAGCACGCCAGAAUCCAAUGUUCGCAAUAGCGAAAGUGGUGGUCCAUCUUCCUGGGGAAUUGGUUCUUUGACGACAGAAAGUGUACAAGGUCAAGAAGCAGGAGGAUCAGACGGCAGGAGCGACGGGACAACAACAGCAGAUCCUCAGGCAGUCACUUAUGAUCACCUGAUGCCGGAACGCUCGCAGUCGUACAGCUUGCCUUAUUCCAACGCUCCUUCUCUUCCCGGCGCUUCAUCAUCGACUCGCGCCAGCUCCUUUGACAGCAGCAUUCAAUACAGCCCACGAGAAUACAAUAGCAGCGCCGCGUCCAGCGUCAUGUCACAGGAGGCGUCCCCUCACUCGAUUGAUCUGUCUCCCCAGAACCAUCGUCCGUCUUUCUCAACCUACCUCCAUCAACCCAUGCUUCCUUCCGUGCCUGUCACAACCACCGUUUUGUGGAACCCAACGAAAGAGGUCGCUAUGACUGAUCCGAAUUUGCUCUCUCGGAGCAAGUCCGCCCCUAAUUUACCUGAAGAAGCCAUGGCUUCGAAUGCCCCCCUUUCUCCAGACCUCGCUGCUACCGAUGCAGAUGGCCUAUCAUCGGUGCCUCCCGACGGUUCGAUUUCGCCUACAUCCACCCCCGGAAGACUGUCUAGAAAUCCGUCAUUCUCGAAUAGCAGCUCAUAUCAGGAGGAUUGGGACACGUUCCCGCCGUUGGACAAGCUGAGCCUUUCCGAACUGUUCGAUACAUUUUCAUUGUCACAGAAGUUGGAGAAAUGGAACCAGGCGCUGAAUAUGCAACGAGAUCGAGUGCGUCGACAGCGCGAAAAGCUCAAGUCUGUCUCUGGGCUUGCCAAAGAUCGCGUCGUGGAUGAAUGGAGAAAACGAAUCCCAACUGCUGACGAGCAGUUGGAUAAGUACAAAGUUCGUAUGCGGGAUUCGGUCGAUCGCUUGACGAAACAAUGGAGCAAGGUAGCAACAGUCACCUUGCGGGAGAAAAUAUCCUUUAUUGCCGGUGUGAUGAACAUUUUCAUCAGUGGAUACCUUAUGGGAGCUGCACCGGAGAAAUUUUAUUGGUGGUACACUGCUCAGCUUGCCUACUUUAUGCCUAUUCGCCUGUACACCUACCAUAGGCGAGGAUACCACUACUUCUUGGCCGAUCUAUGUUACUUUGUCAACUUCCUGUCCAUGUUGAGCAUCUGGGUUUUCCCGAAGUCCAAGCGGCUUUUGAUCGGAACGUACUGCCUCGCUUACGGAAACAAUGCGGUCGCUAUCGCUAUGUGGCGCAACUCUUUGGUGUUUCACAGCAUGGAUAAGGUCGUCAGUGUCUUCAUUCAUAUCAUGCCACCAGCCGCUUUCCACUGUAUUGUGCAUUUGACAUCCCCCGAGUUUCUGAAAGAGAGAUUCCCGGCAGUCUGGGAUAUCAAAUUCAGUCAGCCUGGCGCGCCCGAACAUUUCACUCUGUUGGCAAUGAUGCUUUGGGCUUCCAUCCCAUACGCAGUCUGGCAACUAUCCUAUCACCGCUGGAUCACCGUUCGCCGUGCAGACAAAAUUGCCGCCGGACGACCGACUAGUUUCACUUGGCUUCGACGCUCCUAUGCUAAAACCUGGAUUGGUAAAUUCGUGCUUAGUCUUCCUAACAUUCUUCAAGAACCGGCUUUUAUGAUGAUUCAAUAUGUCUACGCACUGUUGACCAUGAUUCCCUGCCCUUUGUGGUUCUGGUAUCGCUGGGCCAGCUCUGUCUUCAUGCUCGGAGUGUUCGUCUGGAGUAUCCAUAACGGCGCAACUUAUUACAUUGACGUCUUCGGAAAAAGGUUCCAAAAAGAAUUGGAGCAGCUGAAGAAGGAUGUCGCCAAAUGGCAAGCCAGUCCAGAUUAUGCCACAAGUCCACUUCUUACACCCGGUCUCGCUACCGAUCCAGGCUCCCGACUGCUCAAUGACUUAGCUAUGACACCUGGCGAGGAAUUAGACAAAUCUAGUCUUGAGCGUAUUCCGACUCUUGAUGCCCUCUCCGAGACUACUGGUGCCCAAACUCGUGCACCGGAUGCUGCAUCUGCGUUGCGAGACCGGACAGCCGCUUAA